GCAAGAGCCGCAAGCGGUGCAGUGUGGACAACACAGGGCUGGCGCUACUGACGAGCUAGCUGACUACUUGAAAUGGACGUGUUCUUAAUGAUCCGGCGUCACAAGACCACAAUCUUCACAGAUGCCAAGGAGUCCACCACCGUCUAUGAGCUAAAGCGUAUUGUCGAAGGUAUCCUGAAGAGACCACCUGAAGACCAGCGGCUUUACAAAGAUGACCAGCUGCUAGAGGACAGCAAAACUCUCGGUGACAGCGGAUUCACCAACCAGACUGCCAGACCUCAGGCCCCAGCUACAGUUGGUCUGGCUUUCCGCAUCAAUGAUGAGAUGUUUGAGCAGCUGCACGUCGAGGCCUUCUCCAGCCCCCCAGAACUCCCUGAUGUGAUGAAGCCUCAGGACUCCGGUAGCACCGCCAACGAACAGGCAGUGCAGUGAUAGCAGGGAGAGAGGAAAUGGAGCAGUGGAGGGAAGGAUGGAAGUGGGUGUGUGUGGAUUAACUGCAGUGAAGAAGUAGCGGGGUGGAGGAUAUGUAAUAUAAUUUCAGUUGAUGGAUGGGGACAUUAUAGGUAACCAAACCUAUCCAUGUGACCUUCAUGCUGUCAUCCCAGCAUCCCCACAAUUUGCUUCACAAGUCUUUUUUUUAAUGGUAACUCUCUAUGAUUUCCACAUCACAUGCGGUUCUGCUCCUUGACUUUUGCUCUUAAGCACCAACUGGCUCAAAUUUCUUGAGUGAAGAAGUUGGUUUGGAAAGUAUGAGUGUGUGUGCGUGUAUGUGUGUGACUUAUUAUAAUUAUUAUCAUUAAUAUUUUGGAAAAGGUGAAGGUGUAGUCAUGUGUCACAGUGCUCUAGAAGUAACAUGCAUGGGUAAGGAGUCCGGUAUCUGAAUCGGCAAACUGCAUGAACAAAUCAAAGCAAAGGCUUUAUUUUCACACAAAUAGAUAAACCUUUAACUGAUAGUUUCCUCGGUCCGAUUCUCCCAGUUUUGUUGUACAUUUCUGAUUUAAAUUUCAUACCAGGAAAAAAAACGUCUUUAUAAUAAUUAUGUUCAAGUUAUUGUUGUUGUCAUUUUUGUUUCUUCAGUAUGUUUUACUUGUCAGUUCUUUGUAUGUUUCAUGCACUGAGACCAAAGGCAGGUACCUCUUGGACACCAGAGGAAUAUUUGGUCAGAUGACAUUUUUGUCUGUGUCAUACUUUAGUUUUGAAAAAAAAAAAUUCAUAUGUCACCACAUGUCAUCAACAUCAAUGUGGCACCUUCCCCUAACCACACAAACAUAGCCUGUAACUGUGAGCUUGCUUAAUUAAAAAGUUUUUCCUGUUUUGUUUUUUACACUGCU